AUGAAGCUCAACACAGCUGCUAUGCGCUACUUGACUAGCGAAGACUUCCGCGUACUCACUGCGACUGAGAUGGGAUCUAAGAACCACGAAGUCGUCCCUACAACUCUCAUCACUCAAAUUUCAGGUCUACGCGGUGGAUCAGGUGUGGGAAAUUCUAUAUCCGAGCUCGCGAAGGCAAAUCUGAUUGCCCGUGUCAAGAAUGCUAGCUAUGACGGAUACCGGUUGACAUACGGUGGAUACGACUAUCUUGCAAUCAAAGCAUUCUCCAAUCGCAAAACUAUCUACUCAGUCGGGAAUCAAAUAGGAGUUGGCAAGGAGUCAGACAUCUACGUCGUUGCUGAUGAGCGCUCUCGAAAGCGGGUGCUGAAAAUUCACAGACUCGGUCGGAUAUCGUUCAGAAGCGUCAAGAAUAACAGAGAUUAUCUGCGAAAUCGACAAUCGGCAUCUUGGAUGUACCUCUCCCGUCUUGCAGCUCAAAAAGAAUACGCUUUCAUGAAAGCUCUUUACGAUAACGGUUUUCCGGUACCUGAGCCGAUUGAUCAGUCAAGACAUUGUAUCGUGAUGUCGCUGAUUCCAGGAUUUCCAAUGCGCCAACUAUCAUCACACGAGGACCCAUCAACCCUCUACUCAUCUCUCAUGGCCUUUAUAGUGCGUCUCGCGAACCACGGAUUAAUUCACUGUGAUUUCAACGAGUUCAACAUCAUGAUCCUCGACAAACCUCCUUCAGAUGAUGCACAGUUCGUUGUUAUUGAUUUCCCCCAAUGUGUUUCAAUAGAUCAUGUUGAUGCAGAGCGGUUCUUCAAGCGUGAUGUUGAUUGCAUUCGGCGAUUCUUUGAAAGAAAAUUAGGAUAUGUGGCAGAAGAGUAUCCCAAUUUCAAGCGAGAUGUCAGCAGAGUCGGAAAACUAGAUAUCGACGUCCAAGCAUCAGGAUUUAGUAAGAAAAUGGUCAAGGAGUUUGAAAAGGCUCUAUCCGAAUCUCGAGAGAAAGGCGAAGAUGAAUAUCCGGCCGAGUCCGCAUCAGAUGGAUCAGAUACCGACGAAGUUUCCGAGGGUCACGAAGAUGAGGAGGAAGAUGAAGAGGAGAACGAGGGUGAGGGCGACAGCAGCAGUGUGGAAGAAUCGGAUGCUAAAGAAGUACUUGAGAUCUCUUCAAAUGGGAGGCAAGUGUCCUAA